GCGGUGACGUCUUGGGCAGCGCGCAGGCGCGGGCGGCGAUGCGGCAGCGGCGGUUGGGGCGGUCGCGGCCCCGGCGGCGACCAUGACCCAGCAGGGCGCGGCGCUGCAGAACUACAACAACGAGCUGGUUAAGUGCAUCGAGGAGUUGUGCCAGAAGCGAGAGGAGCUGUGUCGGCAGAUCCAGCAGGAGGAGGAUGAGAAGCAGCGGCUGCAGAAUGAGGUGAGGCAGCUGACGGAGAAACUGGCUCGAGUCAACGAGAACCUGGCGCGCAAGAUUGCCUCUCGCAACGAGUUUGACCGGACCAUCGCGGAGACGGAGGCCGCCUACCUAAAGGGGCUGGCGCUGGCCUGGUGGGAGCUUCCUGAUGGUGGAACGGUGGUGACCAUCACACGUCUGUUUGCAGAUCCUGGAGAGCUCGCAGACUCUGCUCAGUGUCCUGAAGAGGGAGGCUGGGAACUUGACCAAGGCCACAGCCUCAGAGCAGAAGAGUGGCGGCGGGGGCAAGGACAGCUGACCGGCCAUAGGCCGGAGGGGCCUGCCCCCCCCCCCCCCGAACCUGUCAAUGGUUGGGCCUCUGACAAUCUGUCUUCUACGUGUCUUUGCUCUUCACGGUAGCAGCUGCCUCCUUUCACUGUCUUGGGUACCAAGAGGCCGUUGCCAAGCUCCACCCGCCCCAGGUGAUGAGGACAGCCCUGGGCACAGCCCACCAGGUAGGGGUCCUGGCCCUGCAGGAUUUGGUUUGGCCAGGCUCUGGGCCACUCCUGCUCAGGGCCUGAGGACCCCACAUCCCCCUGUGCUGCCAGUAAACCCUGCUCCCUAGUCUCAGCACCAUGGCAGUGCGCUCACCAUGGUGCCCAGGCCAGGGGAGUGGGCGAGGGGCUGGGGACCUCCACCUUGGAGCUUGGCUUGGUAGCCUAUGACUGUCAAUAAAGAUUGUCUUUGUAAAGAUA